AUGAAGGCCAUCCUCCAGACGCUGAUUAUGGCGCUCCAUCUUUGGCAAGCAAAUGCGCAGGUUCCAGAACCAGCAGGUGUCACUGCCUCAUUGAACAGCAUUCGUUACUUUGUUCCAUCACAAUCCGUGGGUCGAAUCCCAAAGAACGCCUUCAACCUCGCAGACGGCCUUGGCUUGUUUCCAAUCACCGUAAUCAACACGGAUUACUCGACUUUGGACGACCAGACUCUACAAAACGCCAUCACAAACUUCUCUGCGUCUGACGAUGUCUUCCAGCUUGGCUUUUCCCAGGCUUUGUAUGUUCAACCUGCCACCGAAAGCUCAAGAGACCUCCGUCAAAACGUCUCUCACACUGGCAAUUUCGCGGUCUUUGUGAGCCAGCCAAAUCUCUCGAACAGCACUGCUAUCCCCAAUGGUCCAUACUUUGUUUCAUCCGCAGGCACUGUGCAUCGUGCGUACCGACUUUACUCUGAUAUAUCCGGGGCCUUCACCGAGAGUACCAUUGAGAACCAAGAUGGCUCGCAUUAUUCAGUAUCUACAAUGAUUGAUCAGUCCGUGGCAGUAGCUGUUCCCUCGCGGCUCUAUUACGAAAAGUCUGCCGACAAGCCGUUGGCCGGUGUCCGUAUUGGGGUGAAAGACAUUUUCAAUGUUCGAGGACUGAAGACUUCAAACGGCAACAGGGCAUGGUAUGAUCUAUACCCAGCUGCAAAUGAGACUGCACUUGCCGUACAAAACUUGCUCGACGCUGGUGCCGUUCUUGUUGGGAAGAUGAAGACUAGCCAAUUUGCAAAUGGCGAGAGUGCUACCGCAGACUGGGUUGAUUACAAUGCUCCAUUCAAUCCUCGAGGAGAUGGAUAUCAGGAUCCUUCUUCCUCGUCAGCUGGGUCAGCUGCUGGCGAAGCUGCUUAUGGAUGGCUCGACAUCACUCUCGGAUCGGACACCGGCGGAAGCAUUAGAUCUCCAAGUCAAGUUCAAGGAGUAUUUGGGAACCGGCCAAAAGGUCAUGGACUUGUCUCGUUGGACAACGUAAUGCCACUUGCACCGGAAUUUGACACCGCCGGUCUAUUCGCCCGUGAUCCGAAGCUUUGGGCCGAGGCAGCUGCAGUACUAUACGGACCAAACAUUACCAUGAUGUCUUCCUAUCCGUCGAAGCUUCUCACGAUCGGGUUUCCAGACGAAGUCAGCUCAGACUUCGAUGAUGUACUGCAUCACUUUCUGUCCAAUCUCACAGUGUUCCUCUCCGCCACCGUCACCCCCUUCAAUCUCACAAAGUCCUGGGACAGGAUGAAUCCUGAACAGCCGAACCUGCUGUCAUUUAUCAACAACACUUACGAAGUGCUGUCGGCCCAAGAGCAGGCGAGACUUGUCAGAGAUCCUUUCUAUGCCGACUAUGCUGCAGUGAACGACGGUCGACUACCUCACGUCAACCCUGCCCCAUUGCAACGUUGGGCUCUCGGUGAUAACUCUGCUUCGACGAUUGAGGAGGGUGUCGCAAACAAGACACGUUUCAUGGAUUGGUUCAACAGCAAAGUUCUCUUUCGGGACUCGAGGACUUGCUCAGACAGCUUGCUCGUCUACGUUCCGAGAACUCCUACCUCGACCUUACGAGACAAAUACAUUAGCGGGCCUCAGACCCCAAAGUCGUUUUCGACCAGCCGGAUUUCCGUCAUUUCAGAAACGCCUGACAUGGUUGUGCCUAUUGGACAAGUGGCAUACCAGUCAACGAUCACGAAUCAUACGGAGUAUCUACCCGUCAGCGUUGACUUUAUGGCUGCCAAGGGCUGUGAUGGCAUGCUGUUUUCCCUCAUCAAUGACUUGCUCGAUGUUGGAAUCAUCAAGAUCAGUCAACCAGGCAGAAGUCUUGUAAAUGGUGGAAAUAUCCUGUUAUAG